AAUUAAAGGUGGUUGGUAGGGCAAACGUGAAGAUAAAAAUCAUGCUUAAUUAUAUAGCAACGCGGUCUGUAUCAUUUACUCCGCGAAUGUCACAUCGGUUGAUUAAAUUUAGAUAUGGACUUGCUAAAACCCAGCAGGCCCAACCGGCAGCAGCUUCCAAAAGUGGAAUCCAAGGGGGUCAGCAAGCACAGGGACAGGGAGCAGUACUUUGGGAUUUCGAAUUACCCCCUCGAUUUAGAAGAAAAGCUAUCGAUGACAGCGAAAUAGCCGUAAUUAACAAUGGUGGGCCUUUGUAACUUAUUAGGAUAUAAAUAGUAUUACUUUUAAUUAUAAAUAUAAAUAAAUAUUUAACAAUU